AGGUAGAAACUGGCAUAAACUUAAAACUAUAAUGCCAUAAUAUAAAAUAAAAAAAACAUAUGGUACUGUCACUACGGAUUGAGGGCUUGUGACAAAAUCGCUGCUCCAAUGCUAAUGUCAUUCCUUUACAAAUUCCUCGCGCCCAAGUUAUGUCUAUCGCAAAGUGACUGACUCAAGCCCAUGAUGUGCGGGCAAGACACUUGGAGACAAUUGACAGUUAACACUGCAGUGUCAUUUCAUAACAAGACUAUUUGCAAUUAUGUAUGAAUAAAAGUUAACAUUAUAAAGUAAAAUCACAAUAAUUCGAGACGUAAUUAGAUAAAUUAUAACAGUAAAUUAAUUACAAACAGAGACCAUGAAUGCAACAAGAAAGAAAGUCACAAAAAUCGAAGAAUUGAGUAAGGAACAAAUUCGUCAAUCAAUCAUAAAAAAACGAGAAUGCAACGCUAAAGCUCAAAAAAUAGUCGAAAGCUUAUUAGAGAAGUGCAUCAAUGAAGCAUACUUGCUUAAAUGUCUACCGGAUAUUAACCAAAGUCAUUUCGAAGAUGUGAUAGAAGAGCGAGCUAUUGUACACCUUUGCGGAUUUCCAUUGUGUCAAAAAGCAAUUUCUCCGAAAGAGAUACCAAAACAAAAGUACAGAAUUUCCAUGAAAACAAACAAAGUAUAUGAUAUAACUAGUCGUAAAAGUUUCUGCAGCAACACUUGUUAUAAAUCUGCUAUGUACAUAAAAAAACAAAUGCUGACCAGUCCACUUUGGUUCAGACAGUAUGAAGAAGUUCCAAAAUUUUAUAUUUUACCUGAUGAUACUAUAAGUAGCCUUGGACAAGAAAUUGAUCUAAAGUUAAUUGAGCACAUUGAUCUUAACUCUGAAUCAAAGCCAUUUACAUCUAUUGAUGAAUUUACUACUGCUAGCCUAUCAGAAUUUCAAAAUAAAGACAAAAAUAAUACAGAUGAUUUUAAAGAAUGUAUGAGUGCAAACCCAAUAAAAAAACCAAUAGGAAAAAAAUGUGAUACAUCCAAGUGGAAGUUUAAUGUACUGGAAAACAAGAUAGACCCAUUACCAAAUAAUUUAUUAGAUAUUAAGGAUUUAAAUAUAGAUAUUCAACUUCCUUCCACAACCAAUAUGAUAGACAAAAACAAAAAAUUACCAGUGCCAAACCCACUUAACAUUGUUGGUGAAAUAAUUGAAAAACCGGAAAAGAAAAUUGAUCCAAUACUUAUAAAUGUACCAACAGAACUAAGAAAAGAGAAACUGAAACCUUUGGAGAAUAAAGCCUUUUCAAAGAAACAGCUUUCAGUAACAGCAAUAACAAUUGAAGUUGAGAAGUGCUUAGCUGAAUGGUUUACUUUGGAUUCCCUCCUUUUUCUAUUUGGAGAAGAAAAAGUAAAAAUAUUAGUAGAAGAUAAGGGAGAAUAUAUAAAAGAAUAUUUAAAAAACCAAGCCCAAAGCAUAUUUCACAAAUCCAACUUGUAUGAUCAGUAUCAAGCUCUUUGCCGAAAGUUAAAUGUGUUAGAAUUAGAAGAUAAGAAGUAUGAUGCUCAAAUCUUCACAAAAGAAAUGAAACCUUUGCCUGAUUACAGAAUUUUAAAGGAAGAAAGCAAAAACCUUCAGUUGAAGGUAAAAGCCUUCUUUGCUGGUGAAACUGAAAUACCUGACAAUAAUUCUACGACUGAAACAACUGAGGUUGCCAAAGCUGUGGAAGACAAUGUUACACAUGGACCCUAA